UCUGAUCAGAUAACGAAUCUGAAUCACAAUAAGAUCUAAACCUUCCCGCGUCACUGAUUGAUCUUUUCUCUCUCUCUCUCUCUCCCGACGGUACCGAUGUUUAGCGUGGAAGAAGGAAGCAGCGGAGGAGACGCCGGCUCCGAGAUGGACGAUGAGAUAACCGGAGACGGCUCCACGACGUCCUUGUCGCGCUGGGUCUUCGACGAGAAGAACGAUUACGACGCAAUCGACGACGACGACGAUUACGACGAAGACGACGACGGGUACGACGAGCGUCAGCACGGAGACGUGGAUUCCGACGAGGAGGACGACAAUGUGGAGCAGCGUCUGAUUCGUACUAGCCCCGCCGUUGACUCUUUCGAUGUCGACGCGCUUGAGAUCCCUGGAGCUCAGAAGAACGACAUCGAGGACUCAAGCAUAGGAAGGAAGCUAGUACUUGCUUUGCAGACCUUAGGGGUUGUAUUUGGUGAUAUUGGAACUAGUCCCUUGUACACUUUCAGUGUCAUGUUCAACAGAUCUCCAAUCAACGAUAAGGAAGAUGUAAUCGGAGCCUUGUCAUUGGUUAUAUACACUUUGAUAUUGCUCCCUCUUGUAAAGUAUGUGUUUUUUGUUCUUUGGGCCAAUGAUGAUGGUGAAGGUGGUACUUUUGCUUUGUAUUCGUUGAUCUGUAGGAACGCGAACGUUAGCCUUAUCCCGAAUCAGCUUCCAUCAGAUGCGCGCAUUUCGGGAUUUGGUUUGAAGGUUCCAUCUCCGGAACUUGAAAGAUCCUUGAUAAUUAAAGAAAAACUUGAGGCGUCAGUGGUGUUGAAAAAGCUUCUUCUGAUUUUGGUUCUUGCCGGCACUGCUAUGGUGAUUGCUGAUGCCGUUGUUACGCCUGCAAUGUCAGUAAUGUCUGCUAUUGGUGGCCUGAAGGUUGGAGUUGGUGCUAUAGAACAAGAUCAGGUGCUCGUGAUAUCAGUCAGCUUUCUUGUGAUCUUGUUCAGUGUACAGAAAUAUGGAGCCAGCAAAUUGGGGCUUGCUUUGGGUCCAGCUUUACUUCUGUGGUUCUUCUGUCUUGCGGGAAUUGGGAUUUACAACCUUGCAAAAUAUGACAGCAGUGUUUUUAGAGCUUUUAAUCCUGCGCACAUCUAUUUCUUUUUCAAGAGAAAUUCUGUUAAUGCGUGGUAUGCGCUUGGGGGUUGUGUUCUAUGUGCAACUGGUUCGGAGGCCAUGUUUGCAGAUCUUAGCUAUUUUUCGGUUCACUCGAUCCAGCUUACUUUUACCCUUCUGGUGUUACCUUGCCUCUUGUUGGGUUAUUUGGGCCAAGCCGCAUACCUUUCUGAAAAUUUCAGCCAUGCUGGGAAUGCUUUCUUUUCGUCAGUUCCAAGUUUCAUAUUCUGGCCAGUCUUUCUCAUCUCUAAUAUUGCUGCUCUUAUUGCCAGUCGUGCAAUGACAACUGCCACAUUUACAUGCAUCAAACAAUCAAUAGCACUAGGCUGUUUCCCGCGUCUUAAAAUCAUCCACACGUCAAAGAAAUUCAUCGGACAGAUAUAUAUACCGGUUCUAAACUGGUUCCUUUUGGUGGUGUGCCUGAUCGUCAUCUGCUCUAUCUCAAACAUCUUCAUGAUUGGAAACGCAUAUGGCAUUGCAGAGCUGGGAAUUAUGAUGAGUACGACAAUUUUGGUGACCCUUAUCAUGCUUCUUAUCUGGCAGACGAACAUCAUAGUCGUGUGCUUGUUUGCAAUUGUUGCUCUAGGAGUCGAAUUGAUGUUCUUCUCAUCAGUUUUGUCAAGUGUGGCUGACGGAAGUUGGAUCAUCCUGGUUUUUGCUGCAAUCAUGUUUUUCAUUAUGUACGUUUGGAACUACGGGAGUAAACUGAAGUAUGAAACCGAAGUCCAGAAAAAGCUAUCGAUGAAUCUACUGCGAGAACUAGGCAGUAAUCUUGGUACAAUUAGAGCACCCGGUAUUGGUCUUCUUUAUAAUGAGCUAGCGAAAGGAGUUCCGGCUAUAUUUGGUCAUUUCUUAACCACACUACCUGCAAUCCAUUCAAUGGUUAUCUUUGUGUGUAUAAAGUAUGUCCCUGUUCCAAGCGUGCCUCAGUCUGAGAGGUUUCUUUUCAGACGUGUCUGCCCAAGAAGCUAUCAUUUAUUCCGCUGUGUUGCCAGGUACGGAUAUAAAGAUGUGCGGAAGGAAAAUCACCAGGCGUUUGAGCAAAUUUUGAUUGAGAGUUUAGAGAAAUUUAUAAGGAAGGAAGCGCAGGAGCGUUCACUUGAGAGUGACGGAGACCAUAAUACGGAUUCUGAGGAUGAUACGACUCUGUCCAGAGUUUUGAUAGCACCCAAUGGAAGUGUGUAUUCACUUGGAGUGCCGCUCUUGACUGAGCACUUGGAGUCAUACAAGCGACCCUCAGAGAAAAGGAGCAGCAUGGAUUUUGGGGCAGGUCCUUCAAAUGAAACACCAGCGCUGGAUGCGGAACAGAGUUUGGAGAAAGAGUUGUCGUUUAUACAUAAAGCGAAAGAGUCAGGGGUAGUGUAUCUACUGGGACAUGGGGAUAUAAGGGCUACAAAGGAUUCUUGGUUUCUGAAGAAGCUGGUAAUAAAUUACAUGUAUGCUUUCUUGAGGAAGAACAGCAGGAGAGGGAUUACAAACCUAAGCGUUCCGCAUUCGCAUUUGAUGCAAGUUGGAAUGACUUGCAUGGUGUAAACCGGAUUUUUGUGAGGAUCUGCAAGCACGCUGAUCAAACAAACUGGUUUUCAUCUACGAGCAAAUCUCAUGGUGUCAUCUGAAGAACACGAAAAAACACAAACCAACUCGGUGAGAGAUUCUUUUCUUUUUACACAUUGUUUCAUAAAUGUUAUUGGUUAUAAAAAGUAUAGGAGAAACAAGAUGAUUUUUUUGUUUUGUUUUGAGGGUUGAGAUAUGAUUUUGUGCUUGUUCUUUUAUUGACUGAUUUGUCCUGGCUCUUUCCAGACUGGGUCUUAUAUUGGCCUGGGUCUUAUAUUGGAGUUGUAUAAUAAAGAGCUUGAUUUGGCAAAGAAUUUUCCUUUUUUUCUUUUC